UGAGUCCCGUGUGUGAGUCACGGCGCGGCCCGGCAGCGCCGUUCAAUGCCGUGCGCGGGCGGGCGGCGCUGCCUGCGCUGCCCCGGCCGCCUCCCCCGCCUCCUCCCCCGGUACAUGGCUGGCGGGACCUACUUGUCACCGUGUCACAUCCUCCCCUCCGCCGCCGCCCGAUGCCACCGCAGCGGCAUGGGAUAGAGCGACGCCAGCUCUGAAUCGAUCCCUGCUCGCCGGUUCCGAUCCCGCACCCUCCUUUAGCCGCUCCCGCAGCGCCGCUCGCCGCGGAGCCCCCGAGCGGCCUGGCGUGAAGUGGAACACCGCAGCUCGUUGACAGCACAACAACACAUGAGGCCCUGGGACCAGAAGUAGAACUCCACUGUGUCCUGUAGAAACUAUGAAGAAUUUAAGAUAUAUGUUGGGGAAAGGAGGAAAGCGGAAGUUUGACGAGCAUGAAGAUGGGUUGGAAGGCAAAGUGGUGUCUCCUACUGACGGUCCCUCUAAGGUGUCUUACACCUUACAGCGUCAGACUAUCUUCAACAUUUCCCUUAUGAAACUUUAUAACCACAGGCCGUUAACCGAGCCAAGCUUGCAAAAGACAGUUUUAAUUAACAACAUGUUGAGGCGAAUCCAGGAAGAACUCAAACAAGAAGGCAGCUUGAGGCCCAUGUUCAUGACCGCUUCGCAGCCCACUGACCCUCUCAGUGACAACUUCCGUGAGGCUCAGCCGGCGUUCAGCCAUCUCACCUCCCAGCCUCUUCUCCCCACUGACUUCGUAAGCACUACGCCUCUGGAGUCUUGCCUCACCCCAGCCUCUUUGCUCGAGGACGACACUUUUUGCACUUCCCCGACUGUCCAGCAUGAUGGUCCGACAAAACCACCACCUCCUGCUCUCCAACCAGUAAAGGACAGCUUCUCCUCAGCCUUGGACGAAAUCGAGGAGCUUUGUCCAGCACCUACCUCUGCAGAGGCAGUAGCAGCCAACACAGCAGCUGAUGACUCUAAAGACCACCCCAGCGAGUCCAACAUUCAGAAGCCUGAGGGCCUCCCGGAGAGCAGAACAGCCGAUUCGAAACUCAUGGACUCGCUACCUAGCAACUUUGAGAUAACAACUUCCACAGGUUUCCUCACAGACUUGACUCUGGAUGAUAUUCUGUUUGCUGACAUUGAUACGUCCAUGUAUGAUUUUGAUCCCUGCACGUCUGCCACAGGGGCUGCCUCAAAAAUGGCUCCUGUCUCAGCGGAUGAGCUCCUAAAAACUCUCGCUCCAUACAGCAGUCAACCAGUAACUCCAAAUCAGCCUUUCAAAAUGGACCUCACAGAACUGGAUCACAUCAUGGAGGUGCUUGUUGGGUCUUAAAAUAUAGAAAUAUAGCAACUUUUUUUUUUUUUCUUUUAAUUUCAAGUACCAGUAUAUACACUUGGUAGUAUUUCCAUAGUCCCUCCCACCCCCAGUUCACAGCACUGUGCAUGCGUCCUUGCUUGCCUUUUUUGAAAAGAAAAGGAUCACACUAGUUUUUGCUUCAAGCAGAGUUGGAGUGCCUUCAUCCAUGUAUGACCACUUCUAAAGUAUUUUUUUUAAAGUGGUUCCUCAAGGAAGACGGAAUAUCCUGGUAUAGGAGAGAAUAUGUAUUGUAGACAAUGUUAUUACAAAAAAAAAAAAAAAUUGUAAAAGCUAAGCACAAGGAUUAUGUUGGGGAAAGCUGUAAAUUGCAUGUGCAUAUUUGUCUAUUUUUUCUAUAAGUUUUAUUGCAAGAGGUAAAAAAUUUUAUUAUUUAGAUAAUCUCAAUACCAUUUUAGCCCUGUAUAGGUUGACUUAGCAAUUCAGCCUUUUGGAGGCAUUAACCUGCUCCUCUUUAAGUGUUGCAUUUACAUGGCUGUUUAGAAACUGCUGCCCAAAUUUAUUUUAUAUUUUUGUACAGAUUCUGCAGUUUAUGAUAUUGUUUUUUCUAAAAACAAAUGCUGUUUAUACACACAAAAAAAAUAGCUAUUUUGAUAGGAUUUGCUCACAUAGUUCCUGCAUAAUUCAGAUGUACAAGAACCACUUGUACUUUUAUACAGAGUUGUAAUGUUUUAUAUGUGUAUGGUGCAAAGAGAAAAUUGGAUCAAAUAAGCCUGCAGUUGGUUUCCCUGAAUGCAAACAAAGAAGUGCUUUAAGAAAGGGCUGGGAGCUGCUUCUGCAGGAGUUUCACAAGUGUUUGCUCCCUGCUGUACCACUGCGCACUACUGUGAUUCCUGAAACUUAGAGCCAUGUCCUUUUCCAACACCUACGUGAAGCAGUCGGCAGGAAACAGUUGUGGAACUUCACCUGGAGAGGUCUGGAGCGCCGCCGUGGCUGCAGCCCCCGAGCCCGCCCGCAUCCCUGUGCCGGGCCAUCCAUCCUGUGUGCCGCAGAGCACCCUUACACGGCAGUGAAUCAGCACUUCCUCACCCAAAGCUCCAGGGAAUGAUACAGAGGAGGAACGUGCCUGUUGCUCACUGAGAGCCAACCUCGUGGCAAUCUUCCCAACCGCCGGGCGUACACACAGAGCAGGCAGAAGACUGGCGUUGACAGCAUCCACUUGCCCUUUCUUGGAGCAUUUCGCCUUCCCUCUCCCCACCUCACUGUGCUAAGUGCUGAAAAAGGCAACUUCAGUAUUACUGCAGUGAAGCUCAUCUCUUACCUGCACUGGAUGGACUUGCUUUAAUAUCCAUUGCUGUUAAAACUGGAGCCAGUCGUGUUACAUCACUUGGCAUCUCGUAUAGGGUUGGUUUCUUGUAUCAACUGUGUUACCUGCUUUACACUUUAUAGACCUGUUUUACAACGAGUAUACAGACACAGCUUUCUAUGCAUGGUCCCCUUCCCCAUAACACCUGAGAAGUCUUCUCAUUACUGCACCGAUAGCAUUUUUUUAAGUUCAUUGUGGUGUACAUUUAAUUUAAAAAAAUAUGUUUGCAAUGUAUCAUGCCUAUUGCUGAAGUCGCUAUGGCAUUUUAGUUCUUCAAUGGUACUUUAGCUGUUGAGCGCUGGUUACAACCUAUAUUGUUGACAUGCCUAUGGCUUCUUUAGGAAUAACUUUUAUAUUUAUUUAAGAAAUUUUAAAUUAUGUUUUACGUCAUUUGGCAAUAUUCAGUCGGUUCUGCUCCCUUCUUGUCAUGGAAGAAAUUGGGUCUUGUCUGCCUUUGAAGGAGGCAGCUUUUUCUAAAUUGGCACUUUAAAACAGGCCAUAUAUAUUUAUUAGUAUAUAGAUAGAUAGAUGUUACAUAGAUAUGCACACAGACACAGCAUAAAAGCAGAUAUGUUUUGCAAUGAAGGAACGCCUAAUUAAAAUGAAAUGCGUCGUGUAGGUGCUUUUGGCUCCUAAUUCCAUCUGCCAGGGUGAGAUGUGGGGCUGGGGGAGAAGGGGGGAACUGUCUGAGGCAAUGGGUUUGCUUUUUUCUUUUUACCAAGCUGAACUUGGUGAAGCAGCGGGAUUCUGAUGGAUUUGCAGUCAUUUCCUUACACAGACUAAAAAUAUAUAUAUUUAUAUAUAUAAAGUUACUGCUUCAAACCGACAGCCAUUGACCAAGAAUAGCUUUAGGGACCAUCGGCGGUGGGGAAGGUGGGGGGGCGGGGCUGCUCUGUCUAGCAGCUAGCAGCGAUGGGAUCUUGCUCAGCCGCACUCCUCACCUGUGCUGGAAACCAGCCCUGUUGGAUUCGCCAUCUCUUGUAACUGGGACAGUGUGGGGCUGCCCUUGUUUUGGGAUUACUUCUGCAUUUAAACAAAUACCACAUACCAGGGAAAAGUCCACAUCAGCACUGGUUUUGGAAAGCUGUGCUGUUGUUUAAGUGUGCCGAGUUGAAGUUUUUGUAUCCUUGGAACAGGAGUCUAGCUCUAAAUCCACUUUACCACUUGGAAGAUCAUGUCUGUGUAUCCUUGGUGCUGAAGUGCUUGUCCUGUGGCGGUGUCCUUAUGGGAAUCCCGUGGGACACAAACCUACUGGACACAUGGGAUUAGGCGCAAGGUUAGCGAGGCUGGUGUUGGUUUGUAACUGCAGCAGGCAGCGGCUUCCUCCCCACACGGUCACUUACUGGCAGUAGUGUGGUCUUUGCCACCAUCCCAACAGCAGCCACACGUGGAACAUCUCCAAAACCUACACCAGGGAGGGAGAUUGACAUAAUGUGCAAUGAAGUGACAAGAUGGGAGCAGAAUAAGAGAGCUUUGGAUUUGAAGUGAUUUUUUUUGUUUUUCAUAAAUUAUUUAUUCUUUUUUUUUCUUCUGUAAAUAUAUUUAUUUUAUUGUGAAGCUAACAACACCUGGAUUGUAACAUGUACAGAAUGUAUGGUAGGAAUGUAUUCUCUUGUAGGAAUGUAAAUCUGUAUGAAAAAGGGUAUGGGAGGCAGAUUCUGAGAAAAUUAACUGAGUUCCAGUCAGGAUACGCAUGGUUCACAUGACUUUUUUAUUUUCUCCACUCUUUCUAAUAUGGGUCUGGUUGUUUGAAAUAUGCAAAAAAAGGUAUGGAUGAGGGUCGGUUUUGAGUUCAAAAUUAGGGUUUGCUUGCUGGAGUUCAAACUCCCCACAUUGCUCUCUGCGUCUGACCAGCCGGUCCUCAGACACCACAGGUCCCCUCCAGAGCCUGACGGGACCCGCACAGCCCCAUAUGCAAAGGAAAGGGAGCUGCCCUCUUCGAGAUAACGUCGUCGUUGAGCAGUGUCAUAUGUAAAUGCAUCAAUCUGGCACCUUCCUUGCAGCCAGCCAGAACAGCAAGACGGGAACGCCACCGCCUGAAGCCUGUAUCACUGCAAGAAUAAAUUUGGGCCUUGCGAGAGGUAAUUUGGUUUUUUCUCAGUGCUGUGUGGCAAUAGCCUUGGUUGUUUAAAACCAAUGUUUAGAAUCCAAAGUUUACACUUUUAUCACCAUUAAAUUGAGUAAAUCGCAAUGGGUUCCUGCCUGACAAACGGUUUAAUUCACUCUGGUGUAUUGUGAACUUUUUAUUCUCAUUACAGGGUUUCUUUUGGCCCCCCCCUCAGGUUUUAGUAUCCUGCUUCUGUGCAAGUUGCUUUCAGUGCUUCUUUUAAUUAAUGAGACUGAACAUUUUUAAAUAAAUUAGUUCUUUUUUAAGCACUUUUCCUUUUUCUGAAAAUAAACCUAAUGCAAGUUCUGGAACCUCAUAAAACAGAUUGCAGAUAAAAAUCCAAACCUCAACUCCUAUCUAGUUCUGAGCGUAAUCCAUACUAGUGCCUGCAACGGCCAAGAUUCUGGAAAUGGUGUAAAUAGUGUGACAUGUUCAGUGCAUGGUUGUUUGAACAGGGCUUGUUAUUGUCAAAAAAAGAAAAAAAGAAAAAAAAAGAAAAAAGGCUGUAUUUCCCCUUCCCCUCCCACAGACCUUAGAGCUGUGCCUUUUCUAUGCAAUAUUACAGACAUAUACAUCUGAAACCAGAUUACUGUAUUCACAUGUAGGUAUGGGCUGUAAUCAAAAACAAUUGGACAAAUGUACAUGGAAAUGAGCAGUCUUACUUUUGUAGUUUUAUAUUAUACAAUAAACGAUUAAAAUAA